ACUCGUUAUUCAAAUGACUUCUUUUAAAGAGCACAUUCUUUUAGAGACAUUCUCAGUCCAACUUCAAAAUCCAAUGACGAAAGCAACUUUUCUAAUUUUGAGCGUUUGUCUCAUUAUUCUUUCUGCGCCUAGUUGUGCAAAUGGAAAUGGAAAAACUAGCAGUUCCACAAGCUGCAUGUUAAAUAAUUUCAAAACUAUUCAACAGACGUUAAAGAACAAUAUCGACAAUUUAUUCGAAAUAAUAACUGAUCAUGAAGAUUCUCCAACAAAAACGAUAUAUUGUCACAAACAACAAACGAUAUAUGAAGAUUUUAGGAGUUUUAACUCUAAAUUCGCUAUCUCUUCAAGCAAUCGAAGACCAAAUACAUGUACAAUAAUUAUAAACAUUGACAGAACUUUCAAAUCGAUCAUAGAACUACAAUUUUAUGAUAUCAACAUCCAAAAUACGCCAGGAUGUACCAGUGAAAAAUUGACAUUUACGGACGAUAGCAAUUCUGUUUCUUUCUGUCAAUAUGAAGAAUCAAAUAAUAACAAUGACAAUCUUGUACCAACAAAUUUGUUCUCCAUUCAGAAACCAAAGCUUAAUAAAAUUUAUGAGAUAAAGCCAAAUGGAUCAUUGGUUAUUCAAUUCAUCACUAGAGAAUUUACUCAGUCGAACUUCUCUCUACUAGCUAAAUUCAAAACUCCAGCGUUUGAAUGUGAAAAAUCACCAGAUAUCUCUCCAAUUGUAAAAUGCCAGGACCAUUCAAGAGAAACGAUUAAUUUUGACUGCACUGGUCAAGUCUACGUUAUAUCGACUAAUGGUACAUAUAGAUCCGAUGAAAACUGUAAAGUAUUAUUAAAUACUCAAUGCGUACAAACUGGGACGUUUUUCUUCGCGUUUGAAUCUUUCGAUGUAGAAGGGAACCGUAUUUGUUCAUAUGAUAAAUUAAUUAUUGAAAGCGAAAAUAUAGAUCACAUUUUUUGUGGCAAAGGAGGAAACGAGGAUAUUUCUUUUGAAAGAAACGGCACAAUAACCCAUCAUUCGGUUCGGCUCAAUAGCCCUUAUUCAAUAAAAUCUGUCAAGUCUGUUUCUGUAAACUUCAUUUCUGAUUCAAACGUUGAAAAGAGGGGAAUAGUUAUGAAAACAUGGUUCCAAGCGGGCGGGACAGAAGAAGAUACUACUACUUCCACGGUGCCUACUACUACUUCCACGGUGCCUACUACUACUUCCACGGUGCCUACUACUACAUCAGAAAAUUUGGUAACUACUCAACAAAACAAUAACAAUUCUCCACUGUUGCAUUGUCGCUGGGGUUCAAGACACAAUAUCAAGUUGGAUUGCAGUGGUAUAAACUACACACUAUCGUCAAAUGGUAUAUACAAACCCUACGAGUUGUGUGACUAUAAUUUCAUACUUGAAAAUAAUUUAAAAGGCAGAUUUUCAUUGAAAUAUAAAACAGUGCAUAUAGAGUACCACAGCAAAUGUCGUUACGAUUAUUUGGGUAUUGAAUAUAACAAUCAAACCACUUUUAUUUGUGGUUCUGGACGAAGCACUUCUUACACCUAUCCAAGGAGGUUGUUGAUGCCACAUACAUAUGUCGGAGUGAACCUCGAUACUGAAUACUAUCUAGACAUAGAUCGGACGCUAACUAUUUUCUUUAAAACUGAUGGAAGCUAUCAUUUCAGAGGAUUUGAAAUUCAAGCAAAUUUUAAUUGCGACAAAGCAGUACCCUCCACAGUGAAACCAAAGGCAGAAACCACAGUAUCGGAAGUAGAAUCAAAAAAGAUAUCCUGUUAUGAUAAAGUUCAAAUUUUCAUGGACGAUAAUUGGCAAAUCGACCAAUACAUAAUUACAACACCCGAUUAUCCAUCAUACUAUAGAACCUCUGAUUACAACUGUUCAGUUUCCCUACAUACUUCUUUUCUUUCUUCGUUCGUCUACAUUAUAUUUGACGAGUUAUUCUUUCCGAGCAGCAACUGUGAUGAAAAUAGAUUAAGCUUUUCUAACGGAUUUGCAAAAACCACAUUUUGUUCUUUAGCAAGGACCAAUAAUUUUUUGGAAGAUAUAAAGAUUUUUUAUAAUACUGAAUUUCUUACAAAUAAAAUAUAUAAAAUAAGAUAUGAUGAACUUCUCAAAAUCCAAAUUAUGCUGCCAUAUUCUCCAUACUAUAAACGUUUUAAACUGCGCAUUUUUAAAAAUCUUCGUAAUAUACCUGGAAUUGAAUCGUCAGCUAAACCUGAAGAAAUGACGACUGAAUAUAUAACUAGAGCCAACAGAGAAACUAGAGGUAAUAGAGAAAGAUCAACUAGAGGUAAUAGAGAAAGAUCAACUGGAGCUCCAUGGAAGACAACAAAUCAGAGAUAUUUCAAAAGUUCACCAAAAGCUACCACUUCUAUUAACGAUUAUACAACAAUGCCAAAUUAUCCAACAACAUCGGUAAAAACAACUAAACCUACCCGAGACAAUGACACUGUAAUAGAAUGCAAGAGAGAUAUGGUUUUGGAUAGAUCAACCUUAUGCAAUAAGUCAAUAUCGAUUGUAUCAAUGAAUUAUCCAAACAAUCAUCCAUCUGGUUACAGUUGUCGUGUUUAUUUUGAUACACAAAUGGAAAAUCCAGAGGAAGCUUAUAUAAAGUUUACUGAACUUUAUGCGGAUUCAGGUUCUUCUAGACUUUUCAUAUCAUUUAAUGCCGAAUUGGACUCAAUUUAUUAUAAUAUGAGAAGUAAAUAA